AAACACAUUGCGCGCGCUUUCUAGUUUACCAUUUCACUUGCUGUGGCUUGUUUGUCAUAACAGCAAUUUUUCAUACGUAUAUUUCUUCCACCUACUUUCGUAUAUUCACACGGCAUGGAUUCAGACGGUUACUCGUUAACGUGCACUGUCACCAUGGAAUGGUUAAAUUCUCAAGGAGGUAUUUUAAGAAAAACAACUCACAGAACGGCGUCUUUACGCUUGAUUCGAAACGAUCAACGUGAAAUGCUUAUUGAGAUGCACGCAGAGAAGGUGAAUGUACGCACGAAACUACGUCUGAAAGGUAUAUCAGUUUUUAAUAAAUAUAUGACUGAAGGGAAAGCAUCCAUUAAAUUCAAGGAACAGAACUGUACAUUGUUCUUGUCAAAUGCACCUGCCUCUCAAUUGAUAAACUUCUUGAAAACUAUAUUCAUCAAAAUAACUGGUCAAGAUGAAAAAACAUUGAAGGAUCCUUUGAAGGAGAAGCUCUUGGAAAAUAUGCAAGGUGCUGAAAAUAUUAGUCCAGCUACUAGUACAGAAAUCAAUAGAGCAAAGGAGAAAGCUCUGGCUGUAUCGCGUACAACAGCAACUACACCUUCACCAAGUAUUGUUAGGAAGCGAAAACAUUUUAGUGAUCACACUUCUAAAGUACCUGCAGCAAAAAAGUUGUAUGAGAAUCCUACUGCAGGAGAAUUAACUGAAGAGCAAGCAAAAAUUUUGAAUGCUGUGCUCAGUGGAAAGAAUGUAUUUUUCACUGGAAGUGCAGGUACUGGAAAAUCUUUUCUAUUGAAGAAGAUUAUCUCAGCUCUUCCUCCAGAUGCAACAAUGGCUACAGCAAGUACUGGAGUAGCAGCCUGUCAUAUCGGUGGAAUUACGUUACAUCAGUUUGCUGGCAUUGGUUUGGGUACUGGUACUAUGGAGAGAUGCCUUCAGUUAGCUUCUCGUGGAUCUGUAACUUCAAUAUGGAGAAAAACGAAGCAUUUGGUGAUAGACGAAAUUUCUAUGGUAGAUGGUGAUUUUUUUGAUAAAAUUGAGGCAGUGGCAAGACACAUACGUAGAACGGAAAGACCAUUUGGAGGAAUACAAUUAAUUUUGUGUGGUGACUUUUUUCAAUUGCCACCUGUAUCUAAAACUAAUGACAGAGCAAAAUUUUGUUUUCAAAGUCAGGCUUGGCAAAAAUGUGUUCAUUUUAAUUUUGAAUUGCAUGUCCAUAGACAAAAAGACAAGAUCUUUGUGAAAGUAUUGAAUAACAUUAGGAUAGGUAGGGUCACAGAUGACAUUGUAGAAACUUUGAAGGAAACGGCAAAACAAAAAAUUGAAAGUAAUGGAGUAUUAGCGACUCGGUUGUGUUCACAUGUUAAGGAAGCUGAUGAAAUUAAUGAUUUCCAGUUGAAUGAACUUAAGAGCGAAAUUAAAGUAUAUACAGCGUUAGAUUCUGAUGGUUCUAUGACAUACAUGUUAGAUCAACAGCUACCUAUACCUGGAAAAUUAGUAUUAAAAGUUGGCGCUCAAGUUAUGUUAUUAAAAAAUAUAAAUGUUAAUAGUGGACUGGUAAACGGAGCUCGAGGUGUGGUUAUUGAUUUUAAAAAUGAUAUACCAGUAAUUCAAUUUAGAUGCGGAACUCGUUAUGAAGCAAAGAUGGAAAAAUGGACUAUUAAAACCAGUUCUGGUGCUUUUGUACAUAGAAAGCAGGUUCCGUUAAAAUUAGCAUGGGCUUUUUCAAUUCAUAAAAGUCAAGGCUUAACUUUGGACUGUGUAGAAAUGUGUCUAUCAAGAGUAUUUGAUGCUGGUCAAUCUUAUGUAGCAUUAUCAAGAGCUCAGAGUUUACAGAGUUUACGUGUUUUAGAUUUUAAUAGCCGACAGGUUUGGGCUAAUACAGCUGUGCUUGAAUUUUAUAAAAAGUUUAGGAGAACUUUGCAAGAUAUUGAGAUGAUUCCUUUAGGUAAGAAAAUAAAAUUAGAGAAGAAAAAAUAAUACAUUUAUAUAUUUUAUAAUUAGU